AAGCAAAGCACAUAAAAAAUGCUGCAGUUGCGUUCGCUGCUGGCAGCGCUGCUGCCGCUGCUGCUAUUGCUGCAGGAGCACGUCUCAGUGGACGCCGGUCGACCGCUAAAAAUUCUGGGCCUCUUUCCCCACCCCGGCGUCAGUCACUUCCACUUCUUUCAACCCAUCAUGCAGGGCCUGGCCGAGGCUGGGCAUGAAGUCAGCGUCGUUAGCCAUUUUCCGGCUAAAAUUCCAACUGCACGCUACAAGGACUUCCCGCUAACAGGCAUAGAGAAGCUGACAAACAGCGUCGACUUGAAGCGCAAGGCUGGCUACUACGACGUCAUCAUUUUGGAGCAGUUCAACACAGAUUGCAUGAUGGGCGUGGCACAUCAGCUGCAAGCACCAGUUAUUGCCCUAAGCAGUUGCUCCCUGAUGCCGUGGCAUUUCGAGCGCAUGGGCGCUCCGAUAAUCCCAUCGCAUAUACCGGUUCUAUUUUUGGGUCAAUCGCAGGACAUGAACUUUGGCGGACGAUUGGCCAACUGGUUUAGCUUCCAUGCGCUCAACUGGAUGUACAAGCUCCUGUCGGUGCCCGCUGCGGAUGCCAUGGUUCAGUACAAGUUUGGCCACGAUAUGCCCUCGGUGGGUGAGCUGGCGAAGAACACCUCCGUUUUGUUUGUGAACACACACUACUCGCUGAGCGGUCCCAAGCCGCUGCCGCCCAACGUCAUCGAGCUGGGCGGCAUUCACAUCCAGAAAACAAAUCCGUUGAGCGCUGAUCUGCAGCGCCUGCUGGACAAUGCCGAGCACGGGGUGAUACUCAUCAGUUGGGGCUCCAUGAUACGCGCCAAUUCGUUGUCGCCGGAGAAGCGCGACGGCAUUGUGCGUGCCGUGGCCCGUCUCAAGCAGCAGGUCAUCUGGAAGUGGGAGAACGAGACGCUCGAGAAUAAGCCGCCCAAUCUGCACAUCAUGAAAUGGCUGCCACAGCGCGACAUCCUCUGCCAUCCCAAUGUGAAGGUCUUCAUGACGCAUGCCGGCCUCAUGGGCAGCUCCGAAGCGGCCUACUGUGGCGUGCCCGUCGUGGCCACGCCCAUGUACGGAGAUCAGUUCCUGAAUGCCGCGGCCCUGGUGCAGCGUGACAUGGGCGUGCUGCUGCACUACGAGGACAUUGGCGAGAAUACGGUUAUGCGAGCUCUGAAGCGAGCGCUGGAUAAGAAACACGUGGAUGCCGCCAAGCUCGUCUCGCACUCGUUCAAGUAUAGACCGCAACAGGCACUGCAGCUGGCCAUUUGGUGGGUGGAGCAUGUGGCUCACACUGGCGGUGAUCCUCUAUUGAAAUCCAGCGCCGUCGAGCUGCCCCGCUUUGUGUACUACUCGCUGGACUGUUAUGCUGUCGUUGGCCUCAUUCUGGCCAUGGUGGUUGGCAGUUGGAUUGCACUCAUACGACGCUGUUGCGGCAAGCAAUCCAAUAAGAAGAACAAAAGGGAUUAAUCGAUUCGAUCCUUGGCUAAAUCUAUGUGA